CAAAAUUUUCAUUAGUUACCCCACGAUUAACAUUUUACAGUACCUUGUCGCAAACCCCACCAUCUAUCGCAUCUUUCUAUUUUCUAUCUUUCGUAAUCAUUCACAGUCGGUAACAAGAUGGCAUCAACAGAAUCAGACCAAAUAGCGCCGGCUAUUGAGACGGCCAAUUCGCCAGGAAUCACAGACGCAACUCCAUCCAAACCGAUCCAUUCAAUCGUCCUCGAUACAGGUCCCCUCAUCAAGAACGACCCUCCCGUCAGCACCCUUCUCGCGCAGGCGCACGAACUCUACACCAUCCCCUCCGUCAUAUCUGAAAUCCGUGAUGUCGCCACCCGCACACGAGUAGAGACUCAAUUACUCCCCUUUCUGAAACUUCGCAAUCCCCGACCGGAAAGCGUCAAGUUUGUUACAGACUUUGCGCGGCGCACUGGAGAUCUCGAGGUUUUAAGUAGACCUGAUAUACACUUAAUCGCACUCACGUAUGAGUUGGAAUGUGAGAGGAAUGGCGGAGAUUGGAGACUGCGGAACACCCCUGGUCAAGUCCGUUUGAACGGCAAGCCUCCGGCGACGGAACAGAAGGAGAAUGAAUCGUCAGAGAAUGGGGAUGCCAGUGUUGAACAAGUGAAGCCAGAAGAAUUUGCCAGUGGACAGGAAGAUGAAGUAACGGUGGAUUCAGAAGUGCCAGAGGAGUCUACUAUCGAACAACAAACGGUAACCGAAGCUCUCGACACGCUUAGCUUGGAACCUUCCGCCACACAAACAGUCAACACCGUAUCCGAGGAUGCCGAAGGAUUAGAAACCAAAUCACAAGAGGAAGAAGAAGAUGGUGACGAUGACGAUGAAGGCUGGAUCACACCUUCUAACCUCAAGAAACACCAAGCCAAAGACCGGCUCUCUGGCCCUGAGCAACCCCUACAGAAAUUCCUUCAAGUGGCACUCCUAACAUCAGAUUACGCCAUGCAAAACGUCACCCUACGAAUAAACCUAAACCUACUAUCACCCAGUCUUGCGCGCAUCACACGUGUCAAGAACUGGGUGCUCCGAUGCCACGGGUGUUUCCAGCUCACGCGCGACAUGGCGAAGCAGUUCUGCCCACGGUGCGGCCAGCCUACCCUAACACGAGUCUCGUGCACCACCGACUCGAGCGGCAACUUCCAAGUCUUCCUGAAGAAGAACUUCCAGUGGAACAACCGGGGCAACGUGUUCAGCGUUCCAAAACCCGUGCACGGGUCCUCGAACGGCAAGGCGCGCGGCGUCGGCGGCGGCAAGAACGGCUGGGGCCGCGAGCUGAUCUUCGCCGAGGACCAGAAGGAGUACGCAAAGAAGUCGACGGAGCAGCGGAAGGCGAGGGCGAGGGACUUGAUGGACGAGGAUUAUUUGCCGGGCAUAUUGACGGGGGAUAGGGGACAUGUGGGACCGGGGAGGAUAAGGGUGGGCGCGGGGAAGAAUGUAAAUUCACGGAAGAAGUAGAGGAAGUUGGUAUUUAGAGGGUUAUAUAGGGUUAGAGGGUAUGAGAAUUGCAAUGACAAAAUGAAUGAUACCAGCACCGUUGAAAAGAAA